AUGAAUUCCCGCGAGCAUUCUGAUAUGCCUCCGACCGCUUCCUAUCCGUCCCCCAACGCGGCGCAGAUGGGUCAGGGCGCGAUGCAGUACUACGCGAACCGCCAGUUGACAGCCGACGAGCUCUUAUCCGCUGAGCUAUCCCGUGAAACUUCUGGCCCCGGCCUCGCAGACGGUUCCAGCAAUGGCGUUCAUCAUGGCCAAUCGAUGGUUUUAGGAUCCUCGAACCCUGGUGGCGGUGAUAUGGGUCGUCCCUCGUCUCCAGACCAGCAUCAACAGCAACAUAUGCUACAGUUCACUCCCAGCCAGCAAGUCGGUGUCGACCCAAAUCACGACUUAAGUUACGGAGACCAGAGCGCGAGGAGAAAAAGAUCGAAGAUUUCUCGCGCCUGCGACGAAUGCAGACGCAAGAAGGUUCGCUGUGAUGCAAGCUCUGAAUCUGGCGUGGAAACAUGCUCCAACUGUCGUCGACUUGGGGUUGUCUGUCAGUUCAGUCGUGUGCCCAUGAAGCGUGGUCCCAGCAAAGGUUACAUCAAGGAGCUUGCAGAGCGCCUUCACACCCUUGAAAGUCAAAUGCAGCCUGCGAUGGUUCAUCCCGACAUGCCUUAUCAAUCUAUGAACGAAGUGUCGUCACCAAGAGCUUAUCAGGACUUCUCGCCACCAAUGGAUGCAGGCUCCAUUGGGCGCAAGCGGACCUAUUCUGUAUUCGAAGGACUUCCAAGCUCCUCUUUCACACAGCCGCAAUUCAAUUCUCGCUCCCAGAAUGCUUUCGGUUCGUGUCCGUCAACCAUAGUGUUUGGUCUUACCCUACUAACUAUACAAGACACAGGAGAAACCUCAACCGAUCCGUACAACCCUUCCGCUGUGAGCGGUACAGCACCAAAACCCGGCAACUUAUUCUGGACGACGGGCAAUGAAACUGAGCUGCCGCAUGGACUUGAGGUACCGGAAGUGCCUAAGCAAGCCAUGGAAGAAGACAUGACCCCCUUGGAUGUGGAUGAGGGAUCUCUCAACGCUUAUUAUCAAAAGAUCCAUCCCGUUUUCCCUAUUCUGUCGCACUCCAAGGAACGUCUACUCGAGAUUUUACACCAGUGCAGCCGUGAGGUGCAAGAGAUCUUCCUUUAUAGUUUGUACACUGUGACGCGCACCAACAUGGAUCGCGUUAUAAGCACUUUCGAAAGGGUCACUUCAUUUGAUAAUGCACAAGACCUUCUCUUGUACUAUACCCGGCAACCAGCUUUGGCCCGCCCGACAGGAGUUAACUUGAUUUGGCUCCAGACCAUGUUACUAAUGAUUCUCGAUUGUGAUUCCCGUGGACCAGACAACUUCGUUCUCAAGGACGGCGUGCCUAAGCAUUCUCUGAUCCAGUCGGCCAGCAAACUCGGCUCCGAUCUGGCCAAGGGUCUUGGCCAGCUGAAGAGCAAGCGUUCUUCAGACCCAGACGUUGAUUCAGAGGCAAAUCUUGUACGUCGUAAUUGGGUAGCCUUGGCAAUUCUGUCUCGCUGGCAUGCCAUCAGCGUAGCUGACCCAAGUAUUCUUGGAACGUAUGAAAUUGGUGGUCGUGAGGAUGAAAGAGUUGUUGGCCCAGUUGCUACUGGCAUUGGAUGCCGUAUGGUUGGGGCAAACAUGUUAGCGUCUCUUGAGCGUCUAACCCAAGUCGAGGAUUUUCACAAAUCGAACGAGACCCUGGAAAGUGCAACAUCUCAAAGCUUCCUUGAUAGUCUACAAAACCAACUUGAAUGGACCAUCCGUUUGCUGAUCAAACGCCACAUAUAUGUCUACAGCCCCUACGAAAUAAUCCACAGCGCUGUUGAAGUCAUUAAUGAGAUGCACAAGUCGAACACACAGUCCCGUCUCACAACGCCAUUCGAUCUUCACAGCUUAGCUUUAGCCUCUAUGACUUUGCUAGAGGCUACCGUCAUUCCAGAGCAUGCGAACGAGUGCUGGGAUGCGUUGAAGAAGGUCGAAGAAAUCCUUGACUACCGCGCGAAGCGGAGCGGUGAAGCAACUGAGUUCAGUGAUAUCUUUGCGACUCCUGGCUGGGAUUCCAAGAUCCGCAUUUUCUUAGAAUGGAGACGAACCAAGUCCCAAGAGAGCCAGCUCCAGGAUCCCAGCUUGGGAAAGAGCGGCUCUGCAGCUCCCCCAGUUAUGGGCCCGAACGAACAGCGGUCCCUUCAGCACCUAGCAGAUCUUGCUGUAGGUGCUGAAGGCACCGUGGCUGCCAAUGCCGGAUCCCCACCCCCUGGGCUUUCAACUGAAAGCAAUCUGAAUGCCACGUCGCCGAACCUCACUUCUGUCUCGCAACCGCAGGGUCGCGUUGUGGUUGACUUCACUCUCCUUACCAAGGAGGGAUAUCUCAACGUCUUUUCGGGUUUGAUCUACCGUCGGUCUCGCUGA